CUCAGGAGGCCGUUUGGCCUACGAAUGAGUCAAGAUAUCUUGCAAUUCAAGAUUGAUGAGACGUAUCGUGAUUGCCAGGGAGUUAUUGGCAUUGCAGAUGACGUCGCAGUCUAUGGAAAGAACGAUCAAGAGCAUGACUUACACUUACACGAAACCAUGGAACGUACCAGAAAGGCUGGUAUCUAGCUCAUUGACGAGAAGUGCGUUAUCAAAACAAAGGAAUGCAAUUUCUUUGGUAUGCUUUACACACCAGACGGCGUCAAGCCCCGCCCAGAUAAAGUCAGAGCCAUAGAAAAUUUAGAACCACCCAAAGGCAAGAAGGAGCUUCACACCUUUUUGGGGAUGGCAACUUACAUGAGCUCAUUCUUCCCCAAUCUAGCUGACCACACUGCCCCCUUAAGAAACCUCUUAAAGGAGAACGUUGACUUUGUAUGGAAUCCAUCACAUUCGAAAGCCUUUGAGAAGGUGAAGUCAUUGAUAUGUACCACAACGACCCUGGCGUACUAUGACAGAAAUGAACCAGUUGUCCUGCACGUUGACGCAUCAAUUAAGGGCUUGGGCGCAGUUCUCUUCAAAAACAAUAAGCCAAUAGCCUUUGCAUCGAAAGCACUUACCCCUGCGGAGACCAGAUAUGCUAAUAUCGAAGGGGUACUAUUAGCCGUGGUCUAUGGCUGCGAAAAAUUCCGUUCGUACCUCUAUGGAAGAUCGUUUGUAGUUAAAACAGGCCAUCGCCCCCUAGAACAGAUCCAUAAAAAGAACCUGAUGCGAGCACCUCUACGCUUUCAAAGAAUGUUGUUGCGUCUACAACCCUACGAAGAGAAAUGGUUACAGCCGACGCCCUGUCACGCCUUUCACCGUUGAAUGAAUUUGAAGUAUCAGACAUGAAUGUGAAACUUCACAGCCUAAUCAGAAUCACCCCAGCUAAAAUGGAAGAGUUUAAAGAGGAAACUGCAAAAGAUGAAACCCUGCAGCUUCUAUCCCGUCAGGUUAUACAAGGUUGGCCCGAUGGUGGGAAGAAAAUUGUUCCGGCGCUAAACCCGUACUGGCGCUUACGAGGUGCCAUAUCAGUAGAAGAUGGGUUGAUACUUCUUGGAAGCCGUGUUAUUGUACCUGAAUCCUUGAGAGGCAACAUCUUGCAGCAAAUCCACGGAGGGCACUUUGGUAUAGAAAAAUGCAAACUACGAGCGAAAUCCUGUGUUUAGCGGCCAAGCGUAUACAGAGAAAUAGAAAACCUUGUAAAUUCAUGUUGCGUUUGCCAGAGGUACCACAAUUCUCAAUAGAAGGAGCCUAUGAUACCAUCAGAGAUCCCUUCAAGACCGUGGCAAACAUUGAGCGCAGACCUGUUCUACGUCCAACUGUCGUGGUUCCUCAUAGUUGUCGACUACUACUCCAAGUUCCCAUUUUUCGAGAAGCUUCACAACCUCACAACCGGAGCCGUUGUUAAUGAGAUGAAAAUGUUAUUCGCAGAAAAUGGAAUCCCAGAAUCUCUUCAAUGCAACAACGGUACUCAGUUUACAUCCGGCGAGUUCCAACAACUGGCAAGCCAAUAUGGUUUUGAAAUUGUGACGUCAUCUCCCCAUUACCUACGUGGCCAUGGGUUCGUGGAACGCCAAGUCCAAACGAUUAAGAAGACGAUCCUAAAAUGCAGAGAAACAAAAGAAGACAUAGAUCUAGCCCUGUUGGCUCUGCGAACAACGCCCCUGAGUUCCAACAUACCAUCACCGGCUGAAUUACUGAAUGGCCGAGUAUUCAAAUCCACACUUCCUGCUAAGAUUCAGCCAUCAAAGAACCAAGAAGAAGUUAGAAAUUGGGUCAAAGUGAGACAAGACAAUCAAUGCUACUAUUACAACAGGCACACCAAAGAACUCCCUGAACUACACAGGGACCAAGCCAUCUAUGUGCAAGACCCCGUGAGAAAGACAUGGAAUCCUGCUAGAGUCAUAGAUCAGGGAGAGACACCUUGCUCGUAUCUUAUAGAAACUGGAACUGGUGCUCAACUACGAAAAAAUAGAAUCCAUCUUAUACCAAGUAAUGCUUCCAACAACUUAGCAAACAACUUAUCGAGUUGUAUUCCUCAAGGACGUAUGACUGCACAAUCUUCAAGCGCCAAUCCACGAGAAUCCACCACAGCAGGCAAUUCAGCAAACAACCCAUCGAGUGGCAAUUUGAUUAUACGGCCCUCAAACUCCAACCCACAAUGUCCCACCUUCACAGAAGCCGAGAAAGGACCAAGAAAGUCUCGCGUGGGACGUGAAAUCCGAGCACCGGAAAGACUUAAUCUCUGACGCUUGCUUUAGUAGUUUUUAUUAGCAUGAUACAUGAACACUAGGCAGAAAAUGCCUAUAUAUUCUAAUUUUGAUGUGAAG